GGGAAUGCCCCCUGUUCUCGGUGCCCACCAUUUUGCAAUGCUCAUGGAGGAGUCUUGCUAAUUGCUAUUUAACUAUGCAGGCGGUAACUUUCGUAAAAGCAAUAUUUUGAGGAGGGUUUUUUGUUUCUUUGUUUUUUAAAAAGAAAACCUCUAUGGUACUUGGAGAUGACGCUCUACCUCGGCUUGCAGGCGACUCUCUAUGGUCGCUGCUCUAGCGGCCUCCGUUGCUAGUGGCAGGCGGUUUGUUUACUUCCGGGAUCCAGGCUGCUCGCGCUUCCUUCUGUCUCCCAGGCGCCUCCCCCUCGAGCCUGUCAUGGGGGAGGCCGAGGAGCAGGUGCCCGAAUCAGGUGCUGUAUUCACAUUUGGAAAAAGCAAAUUUGCCGAUAAUGUGCCUAGCAAGUUUUGGUUUAAAAAUGACAAGCCUUUUCACAUAUCAUGCGGAGAUGAACAUACUUCUGUUGUAACAGAAAAUGGUAAACUUUACAUGUUUGGAAGCAACAACUGGGGACAACUUGGAUUUGGAACAAGGAAUACUGUCAACAAGCCAACUUGCGUGAAAGCUUUAAAACCAGAAAAAGUAAAACUAGCUGCUUGCGGGAGAAACCACACCUUGAUUUAUACAGAACAAGGAAAUGUUUAUGCUGCUGGAGGUAACAGUGAAGGGCAGUUGGGAUUAGGUGACACAGAGGAAAGAAGCACAUUUCAUCUAAUUAGUUUUUUUAGUAACCAGCACAAGAUCAAACAGCUGGCAGCUGGAUCCUACACGUCAGCAGCACUAACUGAGGAUGGACAGCUUUUUAUGUGGGGGGACAAUUCCGAAGGACAAAUUGGUUUGGCUGAUGAAGCUAAUGCAUAUGUUCCUCAUCAAGUGGAUGUUGGUAAACCCGUUUCCUGGAUCUCUUGUGGAUACUACCACUCCGCCUUAAUAACACGUAAGUGUGGAAAUCUGGAGAGAUGCAGAGGAGAUGGAGAACUUUAUACUUUUGGGGAGCCUGAGAAUGGAAAACUAGGUCUUUCAAAAGAGCAACUGAAAAACUACAAGGUCCCACAACUUGUUUCUGGAAUUUCUGGUAGGGCCAAUAAGGUUGCCUGUGGAGGAGGACACACAGUAGCGCUUGCAGAGGGGAAGGUCUACACAUUUGGCCUUGGCCAAUAUGGGCAGCUUGGACAUGGUACAUUUAUUUUUGAAAUUUCUGAACCAAAGAUAGUGGAUUGUUUGAGAAAGCAUAAAAUCUGUAACAUUGCCAGUGGGGAAAAUCAUACAGCUUUAAUAACAGAGAACGGCCUUAUGUACACCUUUGGAGAUGGACGACAUGGCAAAUUAGGGCUUGGGGAAGAAAAUUACACAAAUCAGUUUUUUCCUACGCUAUGUUCCAAUUUUUGGGGGUUUGCUAUACAGUCGGUUUCCUGUGGUGGUUGUCACAUGCUAGUUUUUGCCACACCGAGGCCUAAAGAGCUGGGUGAAACUCAUGUGUCAGACCAAAAGGAACACCACUUGUCUGCUGUGGUCUCUGAAGUGGGUGGAGAUGCAUUAGUAAUAGAUACCUUCCAUCGGACAUUAUCGGCACGCUUGCGGCGGAGAGCGAAGGACAAAUCACCGGAACAGGUUAACAGGCUGGUACGAACACUUCCUCCACUAGGAGAAGGUCCUUCAAAGCUUGCAUCCUGUGCCAUCAGCAACACUAUUCCCCUUGGUGUACUCAGAUCAAACCACCUUGACUUAGAGGCAGCUAAUGGAAGUCAAGGCACCCAAUCUGCUUUGGAUGGUGAAACAGGAGAUAAGAAAGAGGAGAAAAAUGAUGCAGAAGAGAGCUCAACAGAAGAUGAUUCAGAUGAAAAUGAGGGUAGAACCCUUGGGAGCACCACAGAUGUCUUGAAUAUGACCCAUGUGAUGAGAAUGAAUCCUGAUGACCAUUCCUUAGAGUUAGCACCAGUACAGAAACAGAAGAAGAAAAAUAAAAAUGAGAAACUGGAUAUUCAUGGUAAGGGUGGGAUGAAAGAGUCUGUUCCUCCCCAAGUUCAGAAGGGUUUGGAAUUGGGUGGCACAUCUUCUCAGGUGGAACCUAUACAUUCAGAGUGUCUAGGAAAGGAUCCCAAUUUAGAAAAAAGUUUUUACGAUGCUUUUGUGAGGAAAAUUAAGGCUGGUAAAAAGUACUCGAAAAGUAAGUCUGCACAGGCCAUUACUGAUAGGGCACUGAAGCCUGACACUGACCAGACUAUUAAAAAAGAAUUUAAAGUAGCAAAAAAGGGAAAAUUGGACCAAGUAAAUUCUAGUUCAACCCCUCAGGAGCUGCCAUUCAGCCAUGCUAGUGAUGGUAUGAUAGAAAAACACUAUGUGGAUAGCCAGGAAAAUAAAGCAGAAGCUAAAGUAGUGAAAUCUGAUAAAUAUGGCAAAAUAUAUGUGCAAGGUAAAGAAAACAAUGAAAAACAGAGAGAGUUUAAACACAAGGAGAUAUUUAUGAAGCAAACAGCAGUAACUGUGUCAUCAUCUUCAAGUGAGGAAACUAGUAAUGAGUCAGCAAAAUAUGUUCUUCAGAUAAACCAGUAUAAUUAUGGCAAAAUAACAAAGGGAGAAAUGGAUGUAGAAAACAGAAAUAUAAACUGGGAGAAGGAGCAAAAUAAAGAAAAGGAGUGUUUUGAAGAUACCAGUAUGCAAGCUCAGAGUGAAGAGAAUGAAAAUAUAGAUAGUUCAGAUAAGGCUGCCAAGUUAGAAGAGAAUCUUGAAAGUGUGCAAGACAAUGAAGAGUGUGGAGUUGUUGCAGAAGAAGCUGAAAACGAAGAGGAGAAGCAAGAUGGAAAAAAUGACAGUGAAGUAGAAACUGAAGGAGAAGAAGGUGAAAAUGAAUCAAAUAAAGAAGAUGACCCUGUAGCCAUUGAUAGAGAUGAAGAAGUUAAAAUGCAGUCUAAAGCAGAAAAUGUGGAUAGGCUGGAGAAUGAGGCGGAAGAAGGGCAAGUUGACACAGAUUUUGAACUGCAAGAGGAAGACGCAGAGGAAGAUAUAGAUGAGGCUGUAAUGGAAGAAAAAUAUGAAAACAUAGAGGAGGGUGAAUUUGUAAAGGAAAUUGAGGUGGUAGAGGAGGAGCAAGAGAAGAAUGAAUGGGUGGAAGAGGAGAAAGAAAAAGAGUGCAAGAGUGAAGAGAAGGAAGAAGAGACAAGGGAGGAAGAAGUGGGACUAGGGGAAGAAGAUGACAGGAAGGAAGAAGAAGGAGGAAAAGGGGGGGAGGAGGAAGAAGAAGGAAAAGAGGGGGAAGAGGAAGGAGGAGGAAAAGAGGGGGAGGAGGAAGAAGGAAAAGAGGGGGAGGAGGAAGAAAAAGAGGAGGAGGAAGAAGGAAAAGAGGAAGAAGAAGAGGCAGAAGCGGAGGAGGAAGGGGAAGAGGAAGAAGUUGAGGCAGAGGAAGGAAAAGAAGGGAUGGAGAUGGAGGAGGGAGAGGAGGAGGAGGAGGAGGAAGAAGAAACUGGAGGAGAGGGAGAAGGAGAGGAGGAGGAGGAAGCAGAGGAGGAAGAAGAAGAAGCGGAGGAGGAGGAAGAAGUGGAGGAAGAGGAAGAAGAAACGGAGGAGGAGGAGGAGGAGGAGGAGGAAGAAGAAGAAGAAGAAGAAGAAGAAGAAGAAGAAGAAGAAGAAGAAGAAGAAGAAGAAAAGAAGAAGAUGGUGAAGGGAGAGGAGGAGGAAGGAGAAAAUGAAGAGGAAGAUGUGGAUGUGGAAGAAGAAGAAGAAGCUGAAGAGAGUCAGGAAGAAGCUGAGGAAGGGGAAGAAGGCAGGGAGGAGGAAGACAAAAGAGAAGAGGAAGAAGAUGAGCAUGUAGAGGAAGAAAAAGCAGUCCAGAAAACCAAAGGUCAUAAACAUCAAGAAAAUAAUAAGAGGAAACAGGAGACAUAUGAUAAAAUAAAAAGCUCUAAACAAAGGGUGACAUCAAAACAUGUUGUGAAUGGACUACAAAAUUCACAAUUUUGGAACAAUGUGCUACCACAUUAUUUGACACUAAAGUAGCCCUGAAGCUCAAUUUUACAUGGAAAUUUUGUAUAGGGAAUUGUAAUACAGUACUAUGCUACUAUGCCAAAA